GGCUUUUGUUGUGAUAUUCGACCCCAGGAUACUUUAUUGUAAUAAAUGGCGUGUUCUAAAGAAAAGAAAAUGCGUACUUAUACUGUAGAAUAUGUUGUGACACCCAAUAAAAGGUGCAAAAAGUGUUUCCUGUUCACCCCGAAGGAUUUCUUAAGAUUUUACACAACUGAAUUGACUGACUCUCCAGAUUUGGAAUAUCUGGAGUUUUACGACAUGCAUUGUUUGUUUGAAAACGUUCCACCUACCUGCAUCGACGAAAUUGAAGGUUACGAUGAUCUAAACAAAGAAGAUCAAAAAUUGAUAAGAAAAUACACAGGAUGUAAGACGAAACAUUUGGUGAAAGGCAGUGGAGAGACAAGAAAAAGUCGCCCGCGCUCACGGGCCGAGACUGGUGGGUGCUACAAGAUGGACGCCGCAGCGGCAGCUGGCGAACAGGCCGUUCCUCCGCCAGGAGUCUGCAUCCGCCACGGGCCCAAGUCCGCCAAGCCCUCCCGGGGAAGGAAGAGGAAGCUGGAAGCACCAGCCAGUGGUAAAGUUCCACGAAAAGGUGCAAGCCCUCAACCAUCCACGAGCGAUGGACGAACUGGAAGACCAAUAACAUUCAUUCCCAACAAACGACUUGGGCGACGUAGGAAGCAUGCACGUAAAGUACGAGAUUCUUCAAGUAAUUCUUCUGUAGAGAGUUCAGAAAUACAACCCAAGAGGAAGGUAGGAUAUCUAAAAGUUGGUUCCCUUGGAAAGAAAACUGAGAAGGAAGUGCAUCCUGGAUUCAGCAACGUGGACAUUCCUAUUCAGUGCAACGUACAGAUUUUCAUGGACCCAGGUACGGCACCCAAUACACCAGAGACUACAAGCGAGUCUACAGCUGAGAAACCUGAAGGAAGUGAUCCAACGACGGAAGAGUCGCAAGGUUUGCUUGGAUCGACUACGGAGAAGGAAUCGGUUCCUGGAACCAGCUCGGAGGAGAUUCCUGUUUCUCAGAGUGAACCAGAUGUACAGUUGAAAGCAGAGUAUCGCGAUAAACCCAUGGAGGUUCCAGAAGAUUUCUCAUCAGAAACAACUUAUUCAUCUGGCAGAACUACUCCAUCCUAUGGAACUGACUCUCGAUACAAGCUUCCUGCCAAUGGAAAAGGAAAUAAUGAGCUCCGAGAGGAUAAAUUGUGUGAUCCGGAAGAUUUAACCAGGGCAGUUAUUCCGAUAGAAUGGGGACUGGAUCAGUUCCGUGAGAAUAUUCGCGAGAUGGCUGAUACCUUGAAUAGUGUGUCUUUCCAGGAGGAAGACAUGAAUGUAGAUGAAGAGGAUUCAGCAAUGGCGGAUGAGUGAGAGGAGUAUCAACAUCAGAAACUUAAGAGACAUUGCUUAUUCAGUGCAGUGAUUUUCAGCUACGAAUACUAUUGGACAGUAACAAUUUCUAAAUAAAGACAAGAAAGUGUAUGUGUGUUAUGAUAAGCUCAUUCAUCAAUAAUGUGUGCAACUAUGGACCGUAUGAGGCCUUAAAGUUUUUUAAUAUAGUAAAAUAUUAUAUUACAUUUUUAUGCAGCUUGGCAGCUAUGAAAAAAAAUAAUUAUAAAUACAAUUUGCUGAACUUCUUGGAAUUGUUAUAUACAAAUUGUAACUUAAAAAAUUUACAAUUUAAAUUUUAAAACUUCUUGAAACUUUUUUUUUUGUAUUAGUGUAGAGAGAACGAAAGCACAUAAUUUAGCUUACUUAAAAAUCUACAUAGAAUACGCUGUUUAAAAUUUUGAUUAUAUAAUCAUAUAAUCUACUGUUAUUGAGUGAAAAAUACCUAUUUUUCUAAAAUUACAUACAGUCUACGUCCUUAUGGCAUAUUUAUAUAUUUACAUUGUUGCGCACAUUAAAAUUUUGAUGUAGAAUAUAAUUAGAUUAAGAUUAAAUUGCAAAAUAAGUGCUUUUUUUAAAAUAAUAAGCCUUUCUUUAUAAUAGAAAAAUAGCCUACAUGUGUAGCCUUUGUGUGUUUUAACUAGCUGAACUCUACUUGAAGUAUUACUUAUUUUUCUAGUGUCUGUUCAUUCCUUGUUUUGGCACAUACUGUUACAAAACAUUGUGUAAGAAUGUUUGUAUUUGGAAAAAAAACAUAAAUAAAGAAUACAUAAUUUGAAUAAA